AUGUCCUCUUCCGUCGUAGCAGAGGAACGCCCGUCGGCGUUCUUUGUGUCGAGCGCAGACGCCUCGGCCAUCGUCAGCGUCUGCGUUGCCGGCACGACCGGCGCAGCUGCCAGCGUCUCCUACCUAUCGGACGUAAUGCUGAUGCUCAAAUACGAGCUCAUGGAUAAGAUCACCAGAGACACUAGAGCCAUCCUAGCGCUCGACCUCGAGAAGGCGUUCGACCACGUAAACCACUCUCACAUCCUCAACUCGAUUCGCGAGGCAGGAUUAGGUACUCGUUUCUACAACUACGUUAGCUCUUUCCUACGCGACAGGACAGCUACAAUCCAACUCGGCUCGAUGGGCUCGAAGCAGUUCAACCUGGGACCGAGGGGCACACCCCAAGGGGCCGUGAUCUCUCCGUUCCUGUUCAACCUCUCCAUGCGCGCUCUGUCGCGACAACUCUCACAGAUCGACGGCAUCAGCCACGCCUUCUACGCAGACGAUAUCACCGUCUGGAGUACGAGCGGCAGUGACGGCCAUAUCGAGGAGCGACUGCAAGAAGCGGUCAACAUGGGUAGAGCCAACCCCGGACGUCCAAGCCCCAAUUCUAAGUUCAAGGCUGUCGAAGUUCAAGGCCGUCGAAGUGCGACUGGUACAGCUCAGCGGCCCCUUGGCUCGCGGUUCCGCCCGGGCGCCUCACCAGCGUCGCUCCAGACCACUGGUCGCCCCGAGGCGAUCUCUGCUCUCCGCACGGUGGCUCAGGAUCAGGACCAAGAGCAGGAACCGCAGCAGCAGCAGGUGCAGGAGGAAUAG